AUGCCCCACCGCCAUCACGACGCCGCCGGCGGCGGCGACGAGGCCCCGUCCCCGCGGCCCUCGGCGUCCGGCUGCUACGCGUUCCUGACGCGCUCCCACCGCGCGGGCGCCUACCGCCGCCUCCACUCCGCGCCGGCGCUCGAGGCCGAGGCGGCGGCGGUGAGGGUGGAGGUCCGGACGGCGACGAAGGGGAGGGCGAAGAAGAGCGUGUUCCACGUCGACCCCGCCGUGCUGGAGGCCGGGCCGGUGAGCCGGCUGCUGGCGGCCGCGGGGCGGCGGGCCCCCGGCGGAGGCGUCGCCGUCGACGUCGACGCCUUGCUGUUCGAGCACCUGCUGUGGCUGGCCACCAAGGCCCGCGACGGGGUGGGCGGCGACGGCGAGGAGGACUCCGCCGCUGCCGCUGAUGACCUUUCCGAGAUCGUCGAGUUCUACUCGCAGGACGACGACGACGACGACGACCGUGACCACGAGUUAAGCUUGUAA